GCCGUGGCGAAGAAAGAGGAGGAGGAGGCAACAACCAGCAACAACAACAACGCCAUCGUCAACAAUAUCGUAACCAUCAUUAUCGAAGGGGGCUUGCGCAUGACGUAUACUCGCUGGUGUGAAGGUGGGUGGAAGGGAAAAAGGCAGGAAGAGAACAGAAAUGUAAGCAAUUCAAUUCAAAGGGUGACGGAACGGAGGAGGAACAGCUGUCAGUAUAACGGUGAGAAGAGAAAGAAGGAUCAACCAACCAACCAACCAACCUUUUCCCCAUAAUACCAGGAAACGCUCACGCUGAGGUGGUGCAUAUACAAAAGGGUCCAACAACGAGAGCUACAUGCAGGCGAUGUCUGAGGUGGAUCGGUGCAGCAGCAGCAGCAGUCAUCAUCAUCGUCGUCGUCGUCACCGACGAUCCUAACGACAGCAACAGCAGUAAUUAUAUUGUCGUCAAGGAGAUUGUUGUCAGGUGACGGGAUUCGAUUCAGAUAAACGGAAGUGCGAUGACGGACGGUGAUGAGAGAUCGCUUGGCGGAAGAGGAGGCGGUGUCGCAGGUGGAAUAUCUUUCCCGAUGUGGAUGAAAUCGAACGCAAGGCGCAACAAACUGCAAGAGAGAUUAGACUUUGAUUCGAGUGCCUUCUCCCCACCCGAGAACGACGACAACUUCCUCUGCAUACGUUAUCCGAGGAGACAGCAGAAGCAGCAAAUCGCGGAGGAACCUCAGCUGCAGGUGAAGACGGUGAACGUGUCACCGGCAGGGGACAUCAUCACCGGCGGAAACACCGGACGCGUCGACAUCACCAAGCACACGGCGCAGUGCAAGGACCAUUUUUUCGGCAGAAAAGAACCGCAAUCUCAAAUCCUGAACUCCAACGGGAAACCAAAGUCGGCAGGGACGGAUGACGGUUUCAAAGGAUCGGGGGCUGCGUGCGGUACUUCCGUGAUUCGCGUUGCCACUCAAAUGGUUUCCGGUAAAGUUGUGAAAGGGUUCGAGACCUUCGAGGAUGACGAGAAGGAGCACAUGCAGACGAUGGGAUUCGACCCGAAGUUGCGCAGAGGCAGCAGAAGUCUUCCGGCGUCCCCGCUGCAGUCGCCAUCCGCAUCGCCGAAGAGCAAACGCAAACUUGCUGCAAACAAAUUCUUUACCGGUGGCGGAGGAGGAGGUAGUUCGUCCGCUUACGCAGAAGACAAGAAGCCGGGCAGCAUUCUCGCAAAUCUUUUGGCCAAACGGGAUCCGAAUCUGUCGCGUUCGGUCAGCUCGGUGAUCAGCGAGGAAGAUGUCGCUGACAAUCUCGCAGCUCGUCUUCAGACCCUCAAUGUCGUCCCCAACGCAGCAGCAGCAGCAGCAACCACCACGGCCCACCAACCGAAGCCCUCGCAUCUGCGAGAAAUGAACUUUUGGUCGCCCACCUCCAUGUAAAAAACAAACGAGAGCAAUAACGACAACAGCAACAAACUAAUUGUUUGUUUUAUAUAGUUGUUUGCUCCGUGCGUGCGCGAGUGUUCGG